AUGGGAAAUGCUAACUCUGAUCAAUUCCAUUAAAAUAGAAAUUAGUAAUCUAAAAUCACUACAAAUUCAGUCUAGUGUGAUACAACUAAUUCAGAUGACUUCAAAGAUUUAAAAUCUAUAGAAAGACAAAUGUAUUCCAUCACUAAAAAUCCAAUAGUGUAAAGACGAAAAUUGAAAUAAAACAAACUCAAAUCAAAUAAACUCUCUUUACUCACUUAUGAAGCUUUUGGAGCCUAUUAUUGA